CAGUCAGCCAAUGAAACAAACGGAUUUCAAAAAUAAGGUAAGCCAUUUCCGCCAUCUUGAAUUAAUGGUAUCAAACAGUGAAGGGAAAAGUGUUUUUAAGAUUUCAGAGCCAGGUUAAUGAUAGAAAACUGGAAAUGUCUGGAGGUGUCAUAUCACAAAUGAUAACAAAGAAACUGACAGAGGUCUUUAAGCCUCGAUAUUUGAAUGUUAUCAAUGAAAGUCACAUGCAUAAUGUACCAAAAGGCUCAGAAACACAUUUUAAAGUAGUUGUAGUAUCUGAAUUAUUUUCGGACAAAGCUUUGAUACAGCGUCACCGCUUAGUCAAUGAAACAUUGAAGGAUGAGCUGGCAUCAGGAGUCCAUGCAUUGUCAAUUCAGGCAAAGACACCAGAACAGUGGGAAAGCAGCGACAAAAAAGUCCCAGUUUCUCCUCCUUGCAUGGGUGGCAGCAAAAGAUAGGCUUUAUAAAGAUACUUAAGUGUAAAACUGAAUACAGUUGGCCAUAUGUCUUCCUCCUCCGCAUGAAUAUCGAAGCUACAAAAAUAUGAUGGAAUUUUCCGUCUCUCCAGUAUGAUAAAUGUUGCAGCAAAAUAAAAUUUAUUGUUGUUCAUGGACAUGGUUGCUCAUGCUACGUGAAGCAAAAAGAGAUUGUUUGUAUUUUGAAAUUUUAGACGAUUGGAAAUAUAGUUAUUAUUCACAUUUUGUAAUAAAGACUAAGGUCAGUUAACAUAAUGUUUAUGUUUAGUAAAUUUUUCAAUGGGCGCAUGGAUGGAAAUGAUACUACGCACGCGCAGUGUAUUUUUGGAAAAAUUUUUCAUCAGGCCUUUUUCGGUUCCUUUUUUGUCUGAGUUGGUCUCCCGUUUGGCCUUCUUUUAUAAAUCCCAUCUAGCAACCCUGGAUUGUUGCUGUCUUGUCCAAAAAAUCCACCGCGCGGCAAAUGGCAGGAUGACACAAUUGGAAGAUAUGCUAAAAGAAUGAAAGUUAACUGUACAACGACAAAGCCUUUGUAGAAUUUUAUAUCAUGUUAGUUCAUUCUGAACAUUUGUGAAAAUAGGAAGCAGCUACAACGCCUUAAUCACUCGUUAUAUUGCGUCUUAAUUUUGUAAAUUGUAUUUCUUGUAUAACGAAACCAUGAUAAUGUAAAAUAAGAUCAGUUUUAAGCUAAAGUGGAAGAAGCGUUCAAUGAUGUUCAUGGAUAUGCGUGAAUUGUCUACAUGGCGCUUGUUAGUCUUUUUUUAUCAGCACCUCAACAAAUUCUAACCAGUUUCUUGAUAAAAAAUCAAUAUUACCUAAUCGUGUUUCCAUUAUUCACAGGGUAGUUUUAUUCAUGAUAGCUUUUAAUAAUACGUACCAUAUACAUUUGGUUAUUGUAUUUCAGGAAAUUAUAUCUUGUUUUCUAUCAAUAUUUUAAUUUACUCAAUCUG